AUGCAACUCCCCUCAAACCUCUCUCUCUACGUCCUAUCCCUCACCCUCCUGUUCUCAUCAGCACAAAGCCAACUCCUCGGCGACCUAAUAUCACCCCCCGCCCACGCAGCCUCCAAACAACCAAAGGCCGGACCUUGGAGAUGCGGCCUCGCUCAAGACGGAUCUGGUCUUGCUCAAAAGGCGUAUUGUUGUAAUGAGGACAAGGUGAAGAGACGGUUUCAGGAAGGACGGCUUUUGGAGGUUACUGAGUGUACGGCUGUCCCGGAAGAUCAGAAUGUGCAGUGCGCUCAGGCGGCGAAUGUGUGGUGUUGUUAUUCAUUGACCAACGAUCCGAGUCAGGGUUCUGAAUGGAUGUGUACCAGCGUGGCUCAAUGGAAGCCUGACGGGUUUUAG